ACUCAUUACACGCAGGCAGUUUCGAGUUGCCAGCUCUACGCAGUGAUACGGAAAUUUAAGCAGUUCCUUCAAGUAACCCUUCCACUCCCGCUGACAUUUUGCUUCUCUUUCAACAUCUUCGCGAUAUUUCCACUUAUAGCUGUUCAUAUGGCUGAGCUGUCGUCUGCUCUACCAAAGAACUGUGUUCUCUACCAGUUUUCAUUUGCCACCCUGGGUGAGCUUCCAGCGUUUUUCGCUGGAUGGACAGCUGUUUUGGAUGCUGUGUGCAUCACAACAAUCCUUUGCAGAACAUGGAGCGAACAUGUGAAUCUUCUUUUUCGUCGUCACCUGCAUCGAUUUAUGUCGUUGCCGUUAAUGCAUCGGGAAUCUGGGAUGUGGAUCGUCAGCGAAGAAUACGACCUAUCAGCUCUCCUGGCGGCGAUGAUGUCUGUAUUUAUUUUGUGCUGCAACCUGAGGGUUGUGGGCACGAUAUCUUUGUGUUUGAUUGUUGUCGCUGUACUAAUGACCGCCAGCUGCACGAUGGUCGGUUUCUUCCAUGCUGAUCCACAAAACUGGAUCAGUGCUAAUUUCUUCCGCUUCGGAUUCGAUGGCGUUCUGCGUUCGAUAUGUGCGCUUUCGUGUGCAUUUGCCGGUGUCGAUGCCGCAUCGUAUCUUUUUGACGAGACAAAGAGCCCUCGCCGGAAGAUGACAGUCCUGCUACCAACAUUGGUCACCUUACUGUCUUUGUUUUUCUUCGUAGUCGUCAUGAUAUUCAGUCUUUCAACCGAUGUAUCCAAGUUGUCUCCUGAAACUCUUGUACCAGAAAUGUUUUCCGUACUGAAUGUUCCUGCUGCUAAAUAUAUGCUGACAGUGGCAGCUGUAUGCGGUCUUUCGGGAGCAGUAUUAUCAUCAUUUCUGCCUGGAUCUCGUAUCAUUAAUGCUCUCAGCACAGAUCGUCUUCUCCCUCUACCAGCCGAUAUCACCCGCAGACCAGUGAUGUCUGUGUUCAUCUUCUUUAUUUUGGUCUCUUUCGGCUUGCUGAUCAAUCGAACCGUUCUUCUACAUGUGAUUCUCCUCACUACACCACUCAAAAUGGUUGCCACAGUAAGCUUCUAUGUUCUUAACAAGAUGCUAGGUCUCAGUAAUCUGGCUGGAAAUGGAGAAAGUAUAGUGACAAGCACACUGUCGCAAGAUGAAGAGGACGAGAGCGAAGACGAGGACGACGAGGAGGAUCUCGACAGUGACACCUCCUUCGACACAGCAGUGUUUCUCCAAAUGGCAUUGGCCAAGAAGGAGACGCAACGACUUCAACGUAAACUCGAAAAAAAAUACCUUUCGGAAACGAUACCCGUUCUCGUGAAAUCCGUCUCUCAUUACAAUUCUAUGGUAUUGAUUAAUAAGGAACCAGCGAAGGAGAUGAAGUAUCCUGGAAAUCACAACUGCAUAGCCGAUUCCUGUUCUGCGCGAGUGUCCGACGGUAAGUACGCCGGCACGCCGGCCGGCCGGCGGACUAUGAAAGCAGCCAUUCUGUUUACUUGA